CAGCGUCGCCAUUCUCGACCAGGGAUACGCAGGAAGAUCCGGAGCAGAGUCCACAGGCGGAGCAUUGGUUGUUUGUGGGCAGCGGUCCUUGUGUUUUUCUUUGCAGGCAUUACCGUUACCGAUCAUUUCACCAGACCUAGUUUUAUCUGCGUUAACCAAACAAAAAAAAAAAAAAAAAAAAAAAGGGAGGCUCACUUCACGCCAAGACAUGCAUCCAGCAACUGCAAAGUGGUACGAUAGGAGGGACUGUGUUUUUAUAGAGUUCUGUGUAGCAGACAGCAAAGAUGUUAAAAUCAGUUUUGAUAAAACAAAGUUUGGUUUCAGUUGUCUUGGAGGAACCGACAAUGUCAAACAUGAGAAUGAAGUAGACCUUUUUGAAGCCAUUGAUGAAAAUGAAUCCAAACACAAACGUACAGAUCGCUCAGUGUUGUGCUAUUUACGAAAAGCACAGCCAGGGAAGGCAUGGCCGAGGCUAACAAAAGAAAAGGCUAAGCUGAGUUGGCUCAGUGUCGACUUCAACAACUGGAAAGACUGGGAGGAUGACUCAGAUGAGGAGAUGGGCAACUUCGAUCAAUUCUCAGAUAUGAUGAACAACAUGGGAGGGGAGGAUGACCUACCUGAUCUAGAUGAUGCAGACGAGUCUGCAGAUAGCGAUGAUGAAAAAAUGCCAGACUUGGAAUAGAAAGCUGCAAGACUCUGGAAAGAAAAUGGAAGAACAGAGGGCAAGAGGAAUCCUAACAAAUGUAUAUCUUGACAUUGAAGGCAGUGACAAACAACUGUACAUAUGAGUCAGUAGCCAUAUUUAAAUCCAUAGCCUCAGCUCCAAACUCUUGACCGAUCAGUCCACUGAAGGUUGAUAUGCAUGGUAUUGUACAGAGCAGCUAUCUCCACUUCCAUUUGCUGUACUGCACCUUUUUUGGGUAUCUUGUUUUACUGUUAAAUAUUACAAGUAAGCACACAUUAUUUGUUGGAAAAAAAAGCUGUGUAGUUGUCCUCAACUGAGCAAUACGUGUUAAGAGAUUUACAAUUUGUUUUCAAAAGAAUUGUUGUUUAAAAUGAUUAGGCCCACCCAUUCCCAAUGUUGUGGUUUUAAGUUAGUCGACCAGUGUAGUUGGUUUCAUGAUUUGAAGAAGACACUAGCUAUGUACAUCAACAGAAUUAGAUGCAUUUACUGAUUGGGUUCCUCUAAAGCCUUCCAUGUGCCGUGAAUUAGAUAUCCAGGAAGCCAGUUUUUUUUUUUUUGUUUCUGUGGCUUAACCUUCCAGCAUACAUGUUUUCCCUCCUUCACUUCUUGUUUAAUGUUUGUAAAAAAUUGGAAUAUUCUGAAAUCAUUGCAGAAAUAUUUGCAUCUUCCCAGUUAUCGCCUACUUUGGUAAUCUGAAUGAAUUCCACAUAUAUUUAGUAUCUUUAACAGCUCUUCUCUCCAUACCCACUUAACAUGCACACUCAUGUUUGACUGCAGAAGCAAGGUGAAAUGUUUUGCAGCUGAUAAUGAGGCUCGAAGCUUGGUCGGGCCUCAGCAUUAUGUGGUUUGUUGCUAUCCUCCAGGUUGUUUCUGUUUGUUCAUCUAGAAUGAUCCUCCCUUGUCGUUGAGGGAGUGUCGGGAUGGUAGGCGACGUGUAAUGACCAAAUUAUAUUUGCACUGUCAAUAAAAUGUACGGGGAGACAAAAUGACGUUGAAUUACAGUGGAAAUUCUUUUUUUAUUGUCUACAUCUUUCUAAUAAACUGUUCAAGAAUCA